CUGGGCCUAUUUCUGUGCAUGCAUGACAAGCUAGCUCCGAUCCGCCGACUGAACUUUGUUAGCUCCCGGGCUUUAGGUGAAACAAAAAUUUAAGAUUCAAGCCAGUGCCUGUACUAGUAGCAGUCCAGUUUAAUUUUGUAAAGGUUAAGAAGAAAUACACAUGGCGAUGCAAACCGUUCAACAGGAGUACAUGCAGACUCCUCCUAUUACCAGACUAUAUUGUACAUCAUGUGUACUUACAACAUUAGCUGUGCAACUGGAUAUUUUAUCACCAUUUCAGUUAUACUUCAACCCUGAUCUCAUUUUUAACCAUUUUGAGGUAUGGAGGCUUAUAACAAACUUCAUGUACUUUGGAGCAAUAGGCUUCAAUUUUCUCUUCAACAUGAUAUUCACCUACCGAUACUGUCGCAUGUUGGAGGAGGGUUCAUUCCGUGGACGCACUGCAGACUUUUUCUUCAUGUUUCUGUUUGGAGGCACCCUGAUGACUAUUAUAGCUCUGUUUGUCAACCUAGUGUUUCUUGGCCAGGCUUUCACCAUCAUGUUGGUCUACGUCUGGAGUAGGAGGAACCCUUACAUUAGGAUGAACUUCUUUGGUUUGAUGAACUUUCCUGCACCUUACCUACCAUGGGUUCUUCUGGGUUUCUCUGUCCUACUAGGAAAUUCAAUCAUUGUUGAUCUAAUAGGUAUGGUUGUAGGUCAUAUAUACUACUUCUUAGAAGAUGUAUUUCCAACUCAGAGAGGGGGCUUCAAACUUCUCAAAACACCCGGUAUACUGAAAACACUAUUAGACACUGCACCUGAGGAUCCUAACUAUAACCCCCUUCCUGAAGAGGAACGACCAGGAGGAUAUGAUUGGGGUGAGGACCAGAGACCACAAGACCAACCUCAAGAGAACCAGGACGAGCACUGAUGUAGGCCUUGACUAGCUCUAUAUGUGAUGGAGGACUAGUAUUAUUUUAACCCACUGACUAUUGGGUCUUGAUGACACCUGUUAAGCAGAAUAGAAUGAAAGGACUUGGUGGUGAAUAGGUUAAUGCCUUAGCUGACGUAAAGGAUUGACUUUGACCCUGAUAGAAAGGAUACUAGGAUCUGGAAGAAGAUGUAUCAAGGUUUUGAAAAGUCUUGAAUCCGGAUCUAAACAAAGAAUAAGAAAUAUGUGUACCAGAGAGAAAAUGCUUUGGAAGCUAUUCCUUGGCAAGACUUAAUGAUUAAGUCAACUAAUUUCAGAUUAAAUGCUCUUAAAAUGAAAUACCAGCAGCAUAAUAUCAACAAUAAACCAAGUAUUUGAGGACAUACUUCAACCUACCUGAAAGAUUUGGUCUCCUUGAAAACCUUUCAUAGAUUCUGCAAGUGCACUCUAAGCAGCAUUCAUCAGUGGAAAGACAUUGUAUGUUCUUUGUAUACAAUGGAAGUAGUUAAUGUUAGAAAUUGGGCUCCUGUUUCAUGAAAAAGACCAUUAAAGGUAAUUCUACAAAUGAUGGGUUUUUCCAUAGUAAAAUCACUCAAUUAAAAUGACAGUUUCCAUUGAUUUUACCACUGAUAGCAAGGUUUACAUCAUUGGUAGAUUUUAUACAAUGGUGUAUAUGGUUUUUAUGCUUCCAAUAUUUAAGUAUUAGAUUCAGAGGAAAAUAUAUAUUAAAGUGCAAACUAAAGUUGCAUUCUAACAACAGUGUGUCAUCUUAACUACCAGAUUUCAAAGAAGUUUGAAAUGCAGUGGAUGAAAGCUGUUUGAAAAUAGAAAUCUUUCAAAAUAGAAAUGUUGAACAGUGCAUAAGGUAGUUUUUUUCAACAUGAGACCGCAGAACCAUGAUCAGUGAAAGUCACUUGAAUGCAAUAGAGAUGUCAGUCAUGAUUCUGUGACAUCAUAAUGGUCUGCUCCAUGUUGGCCUGUACUUCCAGGCUCAAGCAGCUGUGCAGUAGGAUUUCAGGAAAAUAUGUAGAGCAGCUAUUUAACUCUUUCCAGAAGUAAUUUGAUUCAUGAUAUGCAGCAUUAUAGGGAGAUACUCCAUUUUGGAAAUUAAUUAAGAUAAAGAAAAUGAAAAUAAGGCAUAGAAGAGAGUAAUACAGAAUUGAUGAAAAGUUUCAGAGAUACAUUUAGGCAGAGAAGAAGUAAAAUAGAGAUCAAAUACAUGUAGAUCAAUUAAAAAUGAUCUGAUCAACAAUUGAAUGUACAAACACUGAAACAUGGCUACUUCAAAAGAUGAAGAUUUUAGUUUGAUUUUAUAAAUAGUUCUAUAAAAAAUGAACCCUUCAUAGGAUUUGGUUGAGGAUCGGAGAUAUUGGGUUUAAGUAAUGAAGAUUCAUCUUCUGAUAGGAGACAAAGGGCCCUCAGUGAUAAUAUUUUGUAAAAUGAAGAGACUACCUUGUUGGAAUAGAACAAAAUAUUUGCAAAUUUGCAUUCUUAUAAAGAAGCAUUUACUAAUUGAAAGUUUAAACAAAUUUUGUCUGGAAAAAUUAAAGUUUACAGUAAUGAAUAAUUUAUACAUAUUGAAACUUUAAUAUUCUUCUCCUACAAUAGGUCCAUGCAAUGAUCAAACCUAAAGCAUAUAAUCUUCAAAUGCAGGAUAUAGAUUUUUUUUGUGUGAAUUUUGGUUAGAAAGGGAAAGUAUUUUAUCAUCAAAUUUUUCCAUAUAAAAUGAAUUUGAUAGUAUGAGUAGAAUGAGGCCAUAUAGAUGGAGGUGGAUGGGUGUAGAUCACAUGUCGGAGUUUAGUAACUUCUGUUUGGUGCCAUGUUGAAUUGCAUGAAAUCAUGUGCUUCAUUCUUUAUAUUUGUCUAUGUUGAAGUACUAGUAGACAGGUGUUUGUAAUUCUUAAUUCUACUAAAAUUAUCCUUGCUUUAAUCAACAACUUUGUUCUUCAGCGUUCCAAGUCAUAGGGUUCAGUUAUUGUAACUUUAAUAAAUCUAUAAAUUGCCCAACAUAAAUUUGUGGUUUGUGAUGGUCAAAAAUAAUUUUUUUGUGCAAGUAUGUAUGAAAUACUGAUUAAUAAUACAUGAUAUUCAUGUAUUGUGACAUCACAUUAAAACUUAAUUAAAGUUGAUAACUGUUAUUCUAA